AACAUCACAAUAAAUUGGUAGGACCAAUCAUUCCCAUCAACCCCUCCUUCUAUAUGCAUAUUUUCACACACACACACACAAACUAUAUACAUAUAUAUAUAUUCUCUUGCUCCCAUCUUCACAUUAGGCAUCCCAAACCAAAUUCUUGAAUUUAAUUUCUUGCCUCAUCACACACACACACACAAGAAUACUAUAGUUUCUCUUUUAUCUUUUCAUUUCAGUCAAUUCUUGCACAACAAAGAGAGAGAAUGAAGGAGUGCAGAGAUGAGAGAAGAUGGUGCUGUUUUCAUCCAAGAGAAAUGGUAGUUGGAAUCUGCGCCUUAUGCUUGAAUGAGAGGCUGUUAGUAGUGGUGGCUGAAUCAAAGCAACAAAAUAAGAGAAGUUUUGGAGCAAAGAGGGUCCUACCCAAAAUCUUUGCUCUCAUCACUCGUUCCGACAUUAAGCACCACAAAUCUUCAUCACCCACUCCAGAAGAGUCAUUCAUAUCAAUAAAGUUCGAAGAGAAUGGCGUUGCCUCAUGGGACAAAGGGAAAAUCUCAUCACAUAAUGAAAUGUCGAGCAAGAGUGUGAUCGAGCACACGAAGCCAGGCGGCUCGCUGAGGUGGCGGAGGCGGGUUGGCCACCUCAUCCACCUCAUCAAGCGGAAGAGGUCGGUCGAAACAGAGAAGAAGGUUAAAUAUGGGUGGAUAAGGAUUCUCACAAAGAGGAAAGAAUAAAGAAAAAAGACACCCUUCCUUUUUUCUCUUUCACACCUACAAAACAAAUCUGUGUGUAGGAAGGGAUUCAUCACAUCAAAAUUGCAUCUUGCCAAAAAAAAAAGGCAUUUUGGUUAAGUACAAGAGCAAAAUUCUAUUCUUUACUAGAACAUGCAAUGCAAGUGAAUGUAUAUAUGCUUUUGUUUUGUAUAUGAAAUUUGAAAAGAAGUAACAAAAUUUGAAUUAAUUAA